GUUUUCCUAGUUGUUCGAGGCACCCGCUAGAAUUGCCUCGGAGUUGCUGUAUGUCUUGCAAUUGGUUAUGGACUAGUCGCUGUCGUCAUUACCUGCGGAGCGUAGCAAGGAAGAACUCGUCAUGGCCAGUGGAUUGCGUAAGCGCUCCACUGUCAUAAACUAUGCCUGUUUGGAUUAUGAAGCAACGGACUUGGAGUUGCUGGAAGAUGACAAGUAUCGUGACCCGGAUGUUGCCUACAGGCAGCGCCCAGCACGCUGCUCCAGCUCACGUGGAGAGAGCAGCUCGCGGCCCACCUCUGCGCCAGCUGCUUCCGCGGCCAGCCAGGACGAUGUACUGACAAGGAGUCGAUCCCAGCAGCCGGAUGGGGGACCUCGUCAGCACACAAGUUCUCGCUGUGCCAGCUCUGAUCCAGUAACAUCUCCCUCCAGUGACCCUACCAGUCCUACUGCUGCCACUGCCACUGCAGCCGAGUCCAUCACCACGCCACCUCUGGCAGUUGCAGGUGCUGCCAGCAGCGAUGACGUGGGCACACAGCCUGUGUGUGCUUUCUGUGGCUCAGCCGAUGCACCACUGUCCUUCGGUGACUGUGAGCCCGAGCACUUUCCCACCUCCGCAGAUUUCCGUAUAUCGAGCUUGCGGCGUGGUGCUCACCAGGCGCCCCUCGGCUCCCUGAGCAUGGACAAGCUUACAGACUUCAGAAGCCGUCGUCGUCCCGGCGGGCACGAGGCGCGUCAGAGCAGGCGCGGUACCUUCAUCUGGGCGCAUCGUUUCUGUGCCCAGUGGUCGGAGGGUGUGUUCUCUGACAACGGCAAACUGAUCGGCGUGGACGAGGCCGUGCUGCGUGGCCUGACGGAGCGCUGCUCGGUGUGCCAGAACGUGGGCGCCACCAUUACGUGUCGCUCCGCACGGUGUCGUCAUGCGUACCAUCUACCUUGUGCCACGCUCGAUGAUUCCUACUUGGAUGGUGAGACCAUGACCAUAGCAUGUCCUGAUCAUCUGGGGGACAUUGAAGUUUGUGUUGGUGAACGCGGCGCUUGCAGGCGUUGCAGCUCUUUCGGCGACGUCAAGGACAUGUUCUUCUGCUUCAUGUGCGGCGGACAUGAACACGGCAUGUGUAAUCAUGACACACGCCAACGCUCUGCGGCCACCGCUACACCGGAGAGCCGUGCCAAGUGGAAGUGUUCCGAAUGCAAGAUGUGUACGGUGUGUAGGUCUCUAAUACCUGAGGAGGAAAUCAGUACUCUGUGUGUGGAAUGCCUUGGCUGUGGUCGGCUGGAGCAUGUCCACUGCGCCGACUUGAAGAAGAAGACACUAGAUUGGAGAUGCGAGCAAUGUCGUGAGUGCAGUGACUGUAGCUGCAAGACAGCCGGCAGUGGACCAACGGCCCGCUGGCACCGUGGCUACACGCAAUGCAGCGCAUGCUAUCAGCGCGCAUUGAAGCUGCGCCCGUGCUCGGUCUGUGAGGAACCCUGCACGCCAUCAGAGGAUCUCAAGUGCACAACAUGCAGCAGGUUAAUGCACAGCACAUGUGUUGAGUCCGUCCCAUCCGACUUGUCACUAUUUCGCUGUGACAGCUGCUCUUCCCUGGUCGGCGCUUUGUCUCCUUCACCGCGGCGUCGCUCUGAUAUGUCAUCCCUUGUGGUGAAAGUGAGGAAGGAGCGUUUGAACAUCACUGGUCGUGUUGCUACCCUAAGCAGGGGAUCCAGGCCAAGGAGCCUCUCCCCACCCGUGCCGCAGCUGCGUACCAGGAGAAGAACGGUGAAGAAGUCAUCCAGUUUUCGAGCAGCUCCAAGAAGACCUUCCUUGCCUGAGGAGAGCCUGCCUGCCAGUGGCGGCGAAGUGCCAACAGAAGUAGAGCCACGGGAUGCAAGCGCUGGUAAUCUGCUGGAAUCGGACCCUUGUGAUGACAAAGGUGAUAAGAACGAGUCAGACUGUAUUGAAGAACCAAUGGAUAGUGUCAGUGAAAAGAGCCGGUCGGCAACGCCGGGAACAAGUCGGAGGAGGACCAGCAAAGUGCGGCUGGGCGCUGCACGCUCCACAAGCGCAAUGUCAGAGAGUCAACGUCUGGCCAGUAGGCAGACAGAGCGCACUGGCAAAAGGAACGUGGCCUCUGUGGCUAAGGUCGUAGCAGCGUCUCAAAGAAGACGCAGUGGCAGUGGCUCCCGUUCAUCCAAGCCCACCAGCCGGAUCGGCGCUGCUACAGAAGGCAGCAGCAGCAGUCUGCAUGCUACCGGAACUACGUUAGAACUGACUACUGCAGGUAGUUCCAUUUUCAUGGAUAGCAGCAUGGAGGUGCUCACAGAGUCAUCCCUGGGUGGGGCGGAGGUGAUCAUGGCCGACGAGUUCUGCACCGGCGGAGACGUUGUGGGCUUUGUGGAGCAAGAGGUCGGAUCAGACGUCAACUCCUCUUCGGCCACUGAUAGCGAUAGCGACGUGGAGAAUAGCGUUUCAACUAGCCUGGCCACUGCUCUUGCCGGGAACAGCGCUGAUAGCAGUUCCGUCGUUGUCAGCAAGGCAUCCGCCAUGUUGGAUGCCGAGGAUGAGGAUGCCGAUGACAAUGACAAAGAAGACGAGAUCAUGGCGGCUUUGAAGGAGACAAGUGAAGGUCUGGAGCGACCCCUUCUGACUUCCACUCCGACUGCAGAGAUUGAAGCACGCAGUCAACCCCCUAGCAGCGGGCCAUCAAGCAGCGGCGGCGGUGGCAAGGCAAGCAAGCGCAUCCGUCAGCAGCGGCCUCGUCGAUCUCGCCAGACCAGACCAAGGAAACUGGUAGAGCAAGUGCCAACACCGCCACCUGUGGAGGAAGCGUCGGUUGCUGAGCUUUCACCUGACGAUAAGCAAGACUCGAAGGAGGACAGCGCUUUCUAUGCCAUGGAAACGGCCGUGCUGAUUUUUGCCAACAUUCACCGGAAUAUGAUGAUGAGUGAUGUUUGCUCAGCCUGCGGCAGUAUUGGCAAGGAAGAAGAAGCAGCCAUGCUGUGCUGUAGCCAAUGUGGUCACUGCUAUCAUCCCUACUGCGUCAAUGCCAAGAUCAACAAUAUCACUCUAACACGGGGAUGGCGCUGUCUAAUGUGUAUGGUGUGCGAGGGCUGCGGCUCGCCACAAGAUGAAGAGCAUCUGUUACUUUGUGACAGUUGUGAUGUCAGCUAUCACACGUAUUGCCUGAAGCCGCAGCUGGACAAAGUGCCCGAGGGAUCUUGGAAAUGCAAAUGGUGCGUACAGUGCUUGUCAUGCGGAGCUACCACACCCGGUGUCAACAGCAAGUGGCAGUCCAACUACACGCAGUGUGCGCCCUGCGCCAGCACCACCAACUGCUCCAUCUGCUCGCGCAAGUACCGGACCGAUGACCUCAUCGUGGCAUGUGAAGUGUGCAAGAAGUGGGCCCACGGCGCAUGUCAUGGUCUGAAGACGGAGCAAGCUAUGGAGGAGGCCUCGGCGGGUGCGGACGGCUUUGCCUGCAAGCCCUGUAUGCAGCAUCUGAAGAAAGUAGCGGCGGCUGCGGCGGCUGCUCAGGCCGUUGCCGCGGCGCAACCGUCCCCUAGGCAACCGUCGCCUAGUCAGCCGGCACUGCCACCACCCGCAACCCCACCCACACCGAAGGCAGCGCGGCUCCCGUCGCCAUCGGAUAGCGCCAUGGCGACCCCAAACCAGGCCAAGAAGCCCCUGCGUGACCUGACCCAGCAGGAGUUAGAUCAGCUCAAGUUCUUGGAGGAGUACACGCAGACCCGGCAGAAAGGACUGGCAGAUGCCGGUGUGAAAGUCACAACCCAGGAGCGGGAGGAAGAAAUACGUGUUCAGCGAAGGAUUCGAGAGCGAGUGCGACGUGCGAAGCGCGACCUAAACAAGCCACCUGCCGCCUUGAGUACAACUGGAGGUACAGCUGUGAGCACCGCACAGUCACCCAGUGCCACUGGUAGUAAGGAUGGCGUUCAAGGAAUGGCAUCAGCGCCUUCUUCCGACCAAGCAGGUGCAACACCGCCGCUGCCCGUAGAGCAAAGGAGCACCACUGAACCUCGGCAGGGUGAAUCUAGUACUGGCGAGAAAGCACUCAAACACGAAGCACAGGUUACCGCACCUUCUGCUGAUCUCCUUAAAGAUGCCGAUGAUGCUGCUGUCGAGCAGUCGCCUAUUCCUAUGGAGAUCGAUGCUGCUGAUGGCCAGAAUGAACCAGACGGCGCUGCUGUAUCCCGCUUCACCGCAGCUGCUGCUGCUUCCACUGCUGCUCCUGCUGUUGGUGGUGAGGUUGGUGCCACUGAUUUACAGGGUGUAUCUGCUGCUGGGGAAGUUGCCACUCAGGAGAGUAACAGCAGCCCUGCUGUUGUUUCAACUGGUCUCAAAAUCAGCAUAGAAAGACAUCCAGGCUUGGAUGCUGUGAAGCGUGCACCGUCAUCAUCAUCUCCUCUGGCGUACGUCGUGGGUCAGGAUGAUCGCCGGGACGCAUCUCCGAGUCCAAGCACGUCACUGGCAGCAGCUCGAGCAAGUGUCGAAGAUGAGGUUGCUGCAGUUCCUGGUGACGAGUGUAGACCUGUUGACAGUCCAGAACAUACUCAGGUCAACAGGGGUGAUGCAGAUCAGAGUGUAGAUUCACCAAAACUCAUUCGCUCAACUUCAUGCAGUCCACAAUUCGGUGGGAACAACAGCGAGCAGUUAUCUGGUCUCUCUGAAGUUGCCAUAAAGCAGGAAGCUGUAGACGCGGAGUUAGAGAAACUUGCCGCUAUUACGGAGCAUGGCUCAGCCAACCUUUCAGACACUGCCAUCUACACGUCUGAUGACGUUGUAGCACAGCCUGCACCCACAGCCACGGCCCUGUCGCCAGUAGCUGCGGCUUCGGACAGACACUCUGGAGAAUGCCGCAUGUCACCCGGUCACUCACCUACCAUGUGUCCACCGAGUCCGCGGAGAGAUCUGUUGAGCAUGGAGCCGGACAACUCCCCAAAGUAUGUACGCUCCAGUUCGUGCAGCCCGAAUGAAAUAAUGUAUGACUGUGCCGAACUUGGACGAGAGCAGGCAACUGACUUUGGCAGCAUGGUGCUGACGGAGGAGGCUCUGCAGGGCAGCAAUCUCAUUACUGCACAGGCUUCCCUGCAUAGUGACGCCACACUGCACGAAGCUACUGAGAGCUGUCAAGUCAAACGGGAGCAAAUCAUCUCAAGUGGCGAUGGUGUAGCAGAGCAAGUGGAGCCAAGGACUGUCGCUAUACUGGAACAAGCUGUCCCAAGCGGUGACAUCACUCCGAAGCAACCUGCUGCUGCUGCUGCUGCGAGCUGUGAUGUUGUGCAGGAAGAGGCUGUGCAGAGCAGUGAGGGCAUACCAAAACAAGCAGUUCCAAGUAGUGAAGCAGUCACAGCAGAGCAGGCAGUCGCAACUAAUGAUGUUUCACCAGAGGAAACUGCUCCGUGCAGUGAUGUUUUACCAGAGGAAACCACUGCAAGCGGUGAUGUCGUUCCGGAGAAGAAAGUCUCAAGCCCCGAUGUGACGCUUGAACAACCCACCCAGGAGGUUGGGGAUGCCAGUUGUGACCAAGCUGUAGGAAGCUGUGCCGUUUCACCCAAACCAUUUCCUAGUAGCAGUGAUCACGCUAUAUUAGGACAACCAGUGGCAAGCAGUAACCGCGGUAACGACUUACCAGAGCAAGCCACACUGGAAUCUGAGACUGUACCGGAGCGAGUUGCUGAGGACAGUGGUGCUGUGCCAGAGCAAGCAGUGGCAAGGGACACUGUUUCAGCCGAACGAACAGCCGGGGACUUUGAUAUUGCGGCAGAACAACCAGUCCCAGGAGGCGACAACACACCAGAACAAACUAACCAGGAGACGGGUGACACUGCUCAGCAAUCUCCCAAGGCUGUCACACCUGAGAACACUAUCCCUAGCAGUAACAUCGUGCCAGAGCAAGUCGAUCCAAGUUAUGCUUUGCUAUCCGAACAAACAAAGACUAGCAAGGAUGAAGAAGGGGGCAGCCAAGAUGAACUGCCAGAGUCACCUACUGGCAGUGAUGGUCUUCAGAAAACAAGUUCUCGUGGCAGCCCCGUUGUGCCAGAGCCAGUGGGUGAACAAAAUGAUGACUUGCCCAAACAAGUGGGAGAAAAUACUGAUGCAGUUCUGGGAGAUGAACCUCCAGCUACCGGUGUCUUACUGGAAACAGCCACCCAAGGUGCAAACGACAUACCUGAGAAAGCUUUCGAGGGCAAUGACGCCGUGGAAAUGUCGACUGUUGGUGGGAGUGAUGCUAUGAAAGAACAGCCAGUCCCAAGCGUAGAUAGUGCACUUGAACAGGCUGUCCAGGAUAAGGGUGUUGCGCCUGAGCAAGCUGCAGGAAGCGGUGAAGCUUCACCAAAGUCGACCUCCAAUAUCAGUAGCGUCAUGCCAGAGCUGGCUGAUACCCAGAAGCCAAGCACUAGCGGUAGUGAUGUCCUUGAAAAGGCAAGCCCACUUCCAAGUGACGUCACCCCGGAACCUACCAGCAAUACGAGUGAUGUCACUCCAGAACCAGCAAGCUGUCAGGCGGUUGCCACUCCAGAACCUUCCAGCAGUACGGCUGAUACCUCACCCAAACCGCCCAGCAGUAAGGCUGAUGUCAUUCCUGAAUCGGCCAGCAGCAAGAGUGAUGUCACUCCAGAUCCGGUCAGCAGUAAGAGUGAUGUCAUCCCAGAACCGGCCAGCAGCAAGAGUGAUGUCAUUCCAAAGCCGAGACGUUACAGUGAUGUUGUGGCAAAAGGCCUAACCGAUGAACAGGAGAUGGUGACUAUUGCACCACUGACCCUGAUUUCACCAACAGCACCUGCCAAACCAGCACCUGCCAAGGCCCAUGCAUCUACACCAACCACUACCAGUGCAGUGAUAACGUCUGAAUCAGCGCAACAUGCACCACCUGCUGUGUCAGCAGCAGCAGCAGCAGCAGCAUCGGCUGCACUGCCGACGCAGAACACAACAUUUCUAUCCACGCCGGCAGCAGCGACAAUGCUGAGCACUGUUGCAAACUCUACGCCUACUUCACCAGAACAACAGAGCACGGCUUCGAUGUGUACCCCGACCGCGCUACCAACUCAGAGCACUGCUCCAACAUCGACGUCGACAACACCAGCACAGAGUGAUGUUCUGAUACCCACAUCCACUGCGUCACCAACUCAGAGCAUGGCUCACGUACUGCCAUCGGCAGCAUCACCAACACAGAGCACUGCUUCGAUUUCCACACCGACUACCGCACCAGCACAGAGCACUGCCCCGGUAUUGACGUCAGCAGCACCAGCACAGAGCUCUGAUUCGGUGUCCACUUCCACAAUAUCACCAGCACAGGGUGCUCCGCCAAUGUCAAUAUCGGCAGCAGCAGAGGCACCGACACAGAGCGUUGCUCCAGUAUCGUCAUUGCCUGCAGUACCAACUCAGGCCACUGCUGCAUCAAUCACGCCUGCUAAGGCAUCACAGUCCAAUAAGCCAGCAUCAAAGCCUGCAGGCACUUCCCCGUCCAAAAAGUCUAGGGCCUCAUCUGCAAAAUCUACUCCUAUGUCGACAGAAAAAUCCACUGCGAAAUCCACAACGAAAUCCCCUACAAAAUCCACUACAAAAUCUGGUGCCAAGUCGUCAAAAUUAUCCACUCCGCCAUCAUCAAAGUCUGCUUCUCGUAAGCGACCUGUGUCUUCAGGAUCGACGGCGGGUACAAAGGCUGGUAGCCACAGCGAAAGUGUAGUGUCACCGUCAAACGCAAGUGCCACGAGCACGGUCAGGAGCCAGCAGCAGCAGCAGCGCUUGCCUCACUCUAUCGACAGUAUCCUGAACAACCCCAGUGAUACAAACAGUCUUGCCAGCGAUCAGCGCAGCCAUGGCACUGUUCCACCGCUGGUGGGCACGCCGACCAACCCACCACUGCCACCACCAUCCGCGGGUACGUCGUCGGGUGCUAAUACUCCCCAGAUGCAGUCACCAUAUUAUCCACCGGGCAUGUACCCACAGUGGCCGUAUAAUCCGUAUGCCAUGCCACCCAACGCUGCUGUUGCUACUAGUGCUGCUGGAUCCCUUGUACCCAGCCCAGGGAAUAUGCCAAUGCCACCUGGUUACGGGGCGCGCAUGCCGCCACCAGGUCUUGGCGGAGCAUCGCCGAUGGGCUAUCCGGCAAUGUACAGCCAGCAGAUGUACCCGUUCUACCCGCACGCCCCGUACAUGCAGCACUACGCACCACCGCCACAACCAGCACCGGCCAUGUUUGCCGGCACGGCCCCGCAAAGCGCUGGCGCACAGGCCAAUGAGGCGUCGAGCAGUCGAGGUACUCCAGAACCACCGUCGCAGGAUCAGAAAGACAAAUCAGAGAAGGAGCCAGGUAGUGCUGAGACACCUGACUCGCCUAAGGACGAAAAGUCAACAUCAGCGGCUCCAGGAGGUGCAAAGUCCGCCGAGGGUGGUUCGGGAGUGCACAGGCGUGCUGGCUUACAAUUGUAUGCUGAAGAAGAGAAGCUAGCAUUACAGUCUGUACUGGCUCAAGUCAUCUAUGUGUUUUCAGAGUUUAGGGAAGAACUCGACGCCAUAACAAGUGUCAAAGAAAGAUUCCGGUUCACCAAGGCUAAGUGGAAGGACCUCGACCUGGAGGAGAAAAAGAAACACAGGCAAACAUCAAGACUUAACCGAGCCAGGGCAGCUGCAAGGGAGAAAAAAGCCGCCAAAGCAAUGGCAAAGUCUCCAACAUCAUCGUCGCAAGCAACUGCAGUUACAAAAACUCCCGCAUCAGUGGCAGCAACAUCAGCGGCAGCAACAUCGGCAGCAGCACCAACAUCAGCGGCAGCAACAACUGCUGCUCCAACAGCAGCAUCAGUAGGAACAACAUCAGUAGCAAUGGCAGCAGCAACAUCAGCAGUUGCAGUGUCAACAGUGAGUAGAGCUGCAGCAAAUACCACCCAGCCGCCGUUAUCAUCAUCAUCAUCAUCGAGCAUGGCCAGUGUUCCUACGGCCAGCAUCGUGCCACCUUCACAUUGGCUUGCCACACAACUCAGAACCCCACCCGGUGUGCCGCAGCCACCACCCCUCAUACCAACGGAGGUUGCCGAGCUUCAAACAACGGGAGCAGGCUCGGCAUUGCCGCCACCGCCUCCGCUGGGCUCUGAAAAGCCUUCGGCAGUUUCUCCUACAACUAGUACUAGCAAGGCGUCGCCACGAAAACGAGCGAAAGAUCCAGCAAAGGCGGCAAAGAUGCUGGCGUCGAAGGCAAAGGCACUGGCCAUCAAGGACAAGGCCACAGCAGUGCCUACUCCAGCCAGCGUCGUAGCAGGAUCGAGCAUAUUUUCCGAUCUUCCAGCUCCUUCUGUGGCACUGGCUGGCAGUACUGUGGGGUCGACCGUUGUUGGCACCGGUAUGAGCAGCCAAAGCACAACCACGGCCACCUUCCCGUACAAGAGUACUGCCACCACCACCAGCAGCGGUGGUGUCUAUUCUUCCCCCAGUGCAGCUCCUAGCCAUGCUGCCACUGCUGUGCAGUUAGCUGAUAGUAGCGGCGCUGCACCAUCCCAGGACUCUACGUUGUCUGUCAAGUCUGAGCCGGCCAAGAAAACGCCAGUGAAGCGGCCGAAGCAGACACGCAACCCUAAGACCGGCCCAGGAGGUUUCUGCCAUGUGCCGCAAGCAGUGCAGCGUCUCAUGAAGAAGAUGGUAACUGAUGUAGAGAUCACGCUCAAGAAAGAGGCCAGAGUGAAAGUGAAGGCAGCAGCAGCAGCAGCAGCUGCAGCCACCGUCCAGCAAGGCAACGUCAAGCCUAAAAUCAUCCGCAAGAGAAAGCCCAAGCCUCCGGCAGAAUUAGCUCCGGAUGCCAAGCGGUUCAUUCCAGGUGACCCGGCAACAGCUGGCGCAAUGGCAGUAUCAAACAGCCUGGCUCCCAGCGCCGCCAGCGGUCUUCACCACCCUGCAAACAAUAGCCUCAGUCUUGUAGGUACCCACACUCCAGCUGCCACACACCACACUGCGUCGUUGAUGAGCAGGUCUGCAGUUGGCACACACCACCUCAACAAUGGACCACUGCUGGAAAGGCCUCGGUUAGAUUCCAUGCCGAUUUUCCCAAUGCUGAGCAAUCUCCCUGCCCCACUGCCUCCGAUGCCACCUUACCUUCCACCCCUCGGCCUACUCGCAUCAGAGCGCUUCUCUCAGCUUUCAGCCGAGCUAGAGCACCCCAAUCACCUGGCUUCCUUCCCGGUUGCUCCGUUUGAGCUGGAACCGUUCUAUUUCCCAGGCCUUGUCAGGGGUACCUUUGGCUGUGGCUACGUUGAAGGCAUCCCAGACUACUAUGGCGCCUGCCGCAACCCUCCGGAUAGCAGUCCUCUGACACCGCCUGCUAGCCCUGUGCUUCACCUGGCAGGCAAUGCUAGAGGUACGGAUCGACAGAGUCAGCAACCUGCCAAGUCUGACAAGCCAACCAAGCCCGCUGGCUCCAAGAAGGGACUGAAAUCGGUCAAAGUCGCCAAGAUGCUAAAUCCGCUGAAGCGACCGCCAGCCGAGUCUGACAUGCCCCUGAAGAAGAUUGUAAAGAGGGCACGCAAGACCAGCAAGGACAAGCCUGUUGAACCAGAACUGCCAAAGCGCCUCGGUUGGAGACGCUGGACAUCGGAGUUUGUAGCUGUCAUCAAGAAAGAUUCCCUGCCGAAUAGUAGAAUAAUAACCAAUGCCAAAGAAGUUCCGUACUUGCUUCGACAGUGCAGUGUUGAUCAGCGCCAAUGUGCAGUGUGCUACAUGUCAGGAGAGGGAGACGUAGAGGGUGCUGGCAGGUUGCUGAAUUCGAGCGUAGACCAGUGGCUGCAUGCUAACUGUGCUGUGUGGUGCGCGGAGGUGAGAGAGCAGCAGAACUACCUGGAGAAUGUCAACAUGGCUCUGAAGCGCAUCAAGAGCACGGUUUCCGUCUGCUCUAUCUGUAGCAAGGCUGGCAGCGGCGUAGCUUGCUUUGCUUGCGCUCGCUCUUACCAUGUUCAGUGUGCCCGCACGGCUGGUCAUCACUUUUAUCAUGACAAGUCGGUCAUGUGCAGUAAGCAUAACACUGCAGUACCCGAACUGCUAGUCCAAUCCGUGGCUGUCAAUCGCCGCUGCCUUAUCAAGCGCUCCAUUGACGAGGAACUUGCGCAGUUGGACUUCAUGGAAGGGAACCAUGUCAUUCGCCUGGGCAAUCUCAUCCUGGUCUCCAUUGGUCAGCUCAUUACACAGCUACCCACAUUCCAUUCCCGCUCCUUCAUUUAUCCGGUUGGAUUCCGGGUGACCAAGGUCUACUGGAGUAGACGUGGACUAAACCGCCGCUGCUUCUACCACUGCACCAUAGUAAACUCCAGCGGUGCGCCGCGCUUUGUCGUCGACAUUGAAGAGCAGGGCUACAAGACCGUGCAACUCAGCAACGCGUCUCUGACCAGACUCUGGGAGCAGAUUGCCAAGCCCAUCAACAACAUGAGGCAGAAGAACCGUGCUCUGAAGCUCUUCACAGCGUAUGUGAGUGGUGAGGAGUUCUUCGGACUCAGCCAGCCACUGAUCAAGAAAAUACUGGAGUCCCUGCCCGGUGCCGAUCAGCUGGAAAAUUACUUGUUUGCCUCACCGCGACAGACCCUGGCAUGCAAGCACUUACCUCUACCCAAGAAUCCGACUGGCAGUGCACGAUCACAGCCGUUCAUCAACGUGCGGCAAAGACGUGUGAUGCCAUCGGCCGGUAUGAUCAGUGGGUCACGUCACCAGAGCCACCAGCCAGAGAUGCCAUUCUCCGGCCUCACCACCCUGCCAUACAAUAAGCAGUUUGUGCGCACCAAGGCUGAGCAGUAUCGACGCCUGCGGCAGGAGUGGAGGAACAAUGUUCUGCUUGGGAGAUCUCUUAUUCAGGGCCUAGGUUUGUUUGCCAAGAAGGACUUUGAGAUGCACUCCAUGAUCAUUGAGUAUGUGGGUGCUGUCAUUCGCAAUGAAGUGGCCAACAAGCGUGAGUGUGCCUAUAAUGAAUCGAACCGCGGUUGCUACAUGUUCCGCAUCGAUGCAGACCAUGUUGUAGAUGCUACUAACAAUGGUGGACUUGCAAGGUACAUCAACCACUCCUGCGAGCCAAACUGCUUAGCCGAGAUUGUGACGAUCGACAGGGAGAAGAAGAUUGUUAUCAUGUCUGGCCGACGGAUUGCCAAGGGUGAAGAGCUGACCUAUGACUAUAAGUUUGAAUUUGAGUCGGAGCAGAAGAAGAUCUCCUGUCUCUGCCAGGCUGCAUCGUGCAAGAAGUGGAUGAACUGAACAGACACAGAUGAUGUGCAUCAUCGAUGGCCGGGUCGAGCUGAAUCCCGCCGCAGAGCUAUGUGUUUGAGUGCAUCGUGCAAUUGAAAUGUACAGCGUGACUGACUAUAACUGGGGGAGAGCUUCUGAUAAAGCGGUCCUUGGGGUCUUAGCGGUCCUUGGAGCCGUACAAAGUUCUGCUCAAAGCUUGUUUUUAUGUUGGACACCCCGCAUCGUGACUAUAGCCCAGAAAAAGCGGUUCUGCACUGUGCCUUGGAAUUUCGUUGUUAUGACGACUUGAUAUAUUUCCGAUCACGAACCUUUUGCUGACAAACACAUUGCUGUGUUGUCCCAGCCACCUCCUCCAUAUUGAAUUGUGUACAUUUCGAGAGUCUUUCCUACGAAUUGCUGACUUAUUUUCCCUGUUCACCUCUUCCCGGCUAUGCUGCGGAACAUCUGUACGAGUGCUGCAAAUACGCUAAAAAUACACCAGUCGUAUCUCACCCUGUCUCUCUCUCUCUCUCUCUCUCUCUCUCUCUCUCUCUCUCUCUCAACCCCCUCCCCUCCCUCUCCCGAUUUCCAUGUCUCCGCACCCUUUCCUAUUUUCAAUGACAAUUCCCUACGGGUAGGAUGCAAAGAUGAAUUCGCCAUGUCACUAGCUGCAUCGUUGCUUGUCUAUCGUGUACUCGACUUUCAAGGUGUAACAUCGCCCAAUCAUGUUGAAAGUCCCAUGUUUAAAAGUCUUGCUUGCUCUCUAGCUGUGAAGUUAACUACUUCAAGUAGUGCUAGGUCAGUAAGUAAUGUUACAUGCACAUCUUAUCAACUGACUGACCUUGUUUACAUUGCUUUUAUAAUAAUGACUACCUGAAAGUAGCCUAGUAGCUAUUUGCAAUGCUUCUUGCCAGUAUGUACAUUU